AAUUGAUUUUGACAUUUUGGACUUUUCAGGCAGAGUAUGACCUGAAAGAAUUGGCGGCCUGAACAAUCAGACAUUUGUCUGACUGUCCGUGACUGGUGAAAAUGAACCAAGGGGACCUAGCUUCGAAGCAAGCUGAAGCUCUGAAGAGACUCAAAGAAGCAAAUGACUCAUUCAGCGAUGUGCAAAAUGACCUUAAAUACAGAUACAACAUUUCACAUCUUAUCGGAACAGGUGCUUAUGGAUCCGUAUGGCGCGCGACUAGUCUUUCGCCCAAAAUUUUACCCAACCAAAGCGACCACGUGGCUGUGAAGCGAAUCAAAAACAGACAAAAUGUUGAAUAUUGUCUGAAAAGAACCUUAAGGGAAAUCAAAAUUUUGAGGCAUUUUAAGCACGACAACAUUGUGUAUCUGUACGAUGUUUUGACGAGCGGCGAUCAAGCGUCUUUGUACUUAGUGUUAGAUUUGAUGGAAACUGAUUUGCACAAAAUUAUUCAAAGUCCACAAGGCUUGUCAGUAGAUCAUGUUAGAUGGUUCCUCUAUCAAAUCUUAAGAGCUUUGAAGUACCUUCACUCGGCUAACGUUGUACAUAGAGACAUAAAGCCUUCUAAUCUACUUGUUAAUUCAAACUGCCUUUUGAAACUUGCUGAUUUUGGGAUGGCGAGGUGUCUGAACGACGGAUCCGAACGAGAAAAUGACGAAGGUAAGCCAGUUUUAUCGCCAUGUGAUACCGAAGGUCAAAGUUCAAACGGGGUCAUCCGAGAGAUGACAAGCGUUUCAGACCGAAAUGGAUUGAACGGCAAAAACGGUGCUGCGAAACUACAAGCUACAAUGUAUGUUGCUACAAGAUGGUACCGAAGUCCAGAGUUGAUUUUAUGCCAUCCGGAGUAUACUACUUCUAUUGACAUGUGGAGUGUAGGAUGUAUAGUGGCGGAGUUGUUUCUGAGAAGACCUCUGUUUCCAGGAAAAUCACAAGUAAACCAACUUAAUUUAAUCAUAUCUCUUCUAGGCUACCCUAGUCAAUCCUACAUUGAACGAAUUAACUCUGAGCAAAUUAAAGCCUAUGUGAAAUCUUUGCCUAAACAGACCUCACGGUCUAGCUUCAUGGAGAAAAUCCCUUCCUGCAAUAGUCAAGAAGCGAUGGAUUUAAUGCAGAGAUUGUUAAUUUGGGAGCCAAAUAGCCGUUUGCCGUCCGAGCUGGCCUUAGCGCAUCCCUUUCUGAAACCUCAUUAUAGACCCGCGGAAGAGCCUAUUUGUUGUCGGAAAUACGACUAUGCCUAUGAAAACUCUCUGGCUAACUGUGACCAACUUAAUUCUGCAAUCAAAACUGAAAUCGAAAAAUUGGCCGAAGUUAGAAGGAGGCUGUCAAAAAUGAUGAAAAAACGCGAUGAUUCUCAACUUGUUAUUCGAAAUGAAACGUGCAUUGAAGUUAAGGAAGAACGGUUUGAUGAUCUGAUUUGUCAGGAAACAAUUGAUCAAAAAUCUGAAUAUCAGCUAACUGGCGAUGAUUUAGGUAGAAGGGAGCAAAGUUUGGAUGUUAAAGCGAAGCUCAGAGCGGCUAUUUUGAGCGACGCUUGGAGGUCAAAAGGUCAGAGACGAACAAGAACGGGUCGGCCUAAAAAUAGCUCGAAAGUCACGAAAAAGAAAAUAGAAGAAACUAGAAAUGCUGCUUACUCCAAGGUUGAUGCCAAGGUUGAAAACCAUAACACAAACGAUACAAAAGCACAAAAUUCAAGUUUAAGUUGCCGAUUUAAUGUAGUAUCGAAACCAGUAAUAAAACCAACAACCGUUAAGACUCCUACCUUGACGAAACAGGAAGUUAUAUCAGUUGCUACUCUAAAAACAAAUAAUGCGCCAUUUACUGUACGAAUUGUAACUGGCUCUUCAAAUGAACAUGCAAAUAGACCUCAAAUUGUGACACUUUCAUUUAUACAACCAAAAACUACCGCAAGUUUCCCGAAAGCAGGUAUAAUUCCAGUGCCGAAAUUUCCCUGCGCUGAAAAGACCUCGACAGGGAAUGAGUUUAAAGCGUUAAAAGACAAUGAAAGACUCCCGUAUAGAAGUAUUAGCAGAGCAAGUUUAAUUAGAAGUGCCCAAAUGCCAUUUAGAAACACCCCAGCGAAAAGGGAUACAAAUGAUGAAAACAAAUUUCUUCAAACAUUUUCGAUCCCGACUACUCCGAAAACCGAGAUCUCGAAUCGACGUGAACAGAAUUUUAAAAACGAAGAAUGUGAAAAUGGAAACAUUGAUCAGAUUGUUUCAUCUUCGGGAGAAUUCGACUUACAAUCUGGAAGUCUGUGCAAACCAAAUUCUAGUUCGCGUUCAGAUAAUAGAACAACGAAUUCUAAUGCGCCUACUAGCAGACUGUCAACUAUUCCGAUUGACCACUGCUCGUAUCCACAAUCUUUUAAAAGCAAAUCACCCUCAAUGCACGAUUUCAAACCUGACAAAUUAAAUUGGGGCACAACAACUGAAUGUGAUCAAAAGCAAAGUGUGCACGUAUCGAAGUCUGUCCCACUGAUGGACUCAACAGAUGUCAAGAGUAAAAAUAGUUUUGAACUCUAUCGCAAUUCACCUACCAUAUCUGAUGAUCACGAUUUGCUUGAUCACGACACAGAAAAAAUGCAAGCGUUUUUACCUAGUUUGUACACAGGUAAACAAAAUAUAGGCUCGAACUCAAUCAAAAAUCGAAUUCAGGGUAAAAACAGUUUCGAAGUAAAUGACACACAAAUGAUAUCUGCAACAGUAGGUGCUUCUCAGAACUCAUCGGCGUCAACGGUUCCUGGAAAUGCGAAUGAAUUAGACGAUUUGGUCCAGAAAAUGUCAUCCUCGUCUCUUAGAAAUGACAUUCAUCCAUUCGCUGAUUUUUUAGAUGUUCCGUUGUCGGCUGUCUUAACAGGAAGUGAUGACAGACUGAACUGCUCGAAGGUGGAAUCACAGUUCUUGCCUAUGCACCAUUCUCCGUUUGCACAACAAACAAACUGCAGCUUCAAAUCAGACCACGUGCCGCAAACAGGGAUGGGAGGACACUUCAUACCCGAACACGAGGACAAUCAUGAUGACGUCACAAUAACGAACAAUGGUGCACAGUUCAUCCCGACGGAGGACGAAACUUCAGCCCAGUUGAACCAGUUUCUACGAGAGCCAGAGCCAAAUAUGUUACCCAGAGGUGAACAAACUUUAUUGCCGAGUGCUUACGACCUGGAAAACUGCAUAGAAGAUUGCCGUUCUGUGUUUGAUAUCACAUCAGCCGAAAUGCAGGAAAUCGAAAAUGAACUGAAAAAAGACUUCUCCUGUCUAGACUUUAGUCUGCUAGAACUAGAAUCUCCCAGUUGAUUAGAAUGUAUUUUUCAUGUUUUAGAGAUAGUUUUGCGUUGGAUUAGUGGAAGUUGAACUGAACUCGAUUUAAAAAUUAAGUUUUUCGAUAUUGUAUAUUUAUGGAAUGGCGAAAAUGGGAAAGUUUGAGGUUAUACAGAAUGAAGCAGAACACUUAUUUGACUCAGUAUCAUUGAAAACUGGGUUGGGAGACCUCAAAGUCAAAACAUAGGCUAUCAAUAUUAGAUAAUUCUCUCAGUUUGCUGGUUUCUGCAUUUAAUCUUUUAACCUUGGUUUGAUUUAGCCAAUGAAAAAUCUAACUUCUAAGU